CGUGGGACGAUUUAAUCCUUCCCAAUGAGAUAAAAAAAGACAAGGCAACAGCAUUGAAAUGUUAAUGUUAACAAAAUCAACGCAUUUUGGACUGGCAGGUAAUCAGUCGUGGAAUGAUUAAGGGAGGGCUCGAUUUAGCCAUUCUUUUUUAACCGAAUUACAACGCUCUUCUGCCGAGGGGGGAGGGGGCCCUCGUUUUAACCAUUUUCUUGUUUUCACCAUAUUACGACCUCGAGUUUGCUUGGUUUGCUUGGACAUUCGCUGUUGCCAUCUAUAUUUGAGGGAAGAUCCUACUGGCAGCAACGUUGACACGACACUAAAACCCACGAAGGGAAAACCUACAAAUUCUGACGAAGUAACGGAACAGUGAGAGGAGGAAAGAGAGACGAGGGAGGGAAGUCAUGGAGGGGGACAAAGAAACAGAGAUGGUCAAACAUGACAUGGAGAAUGCAAUUCAUUCUCAUUCAUCAGAACCCGAAACCCGUCCACCUUUCCUCGCCCAAAGACCGAAAGGAGGGUGGAGAUCCAUAUUUUACAUCCUCGGGAAUGAGUCUUUUGAGAGGUUGGCUUCGAUGAGCUUGAUAAUGAACCUGCCGGUGUAUCUGAAGAUUAAGUACAACUUGUAUGGAGUGUUCUUGAUCAACGUGGUCAGCAUAUGGUCUGGUAGCUGCAACAUAUUGCCUCUGGUUGGUGCUUUUGUUGCUGAGAAGUAUCUGGGCCGGUUCCGAACUCUCCUGCUUGGCUGCACGGCUUCUUUCCUGGGAAUGGGGAUGAUGACAUUAACUGCAUCUAUUCCUCAACUAAGACCCUCCCCUUGCAAUUCUCAAACAGAUUGCCAACAGCCAGACUUCGGUGACCUGACCUUCCUAUUUGCCGCUCUUGGAUUGGUUGCCAUUGGUGCCGGAGCCAUCAGACCUUGCUGCAUUGCUUUUGGAGCCGAUCAGUUCCAAGACACCACGGAAAAGGGUAGAAAGCAGAUGCAAAGCUUCUACAACUGGUGGUACUUGUCGUUCACGGCCACACUGAUUAUAGCACUCAUGGUUGUCAUCUAUGUCCAAAGCAAGAUCAGUUGGGUUGUAGGUCUUGCCAUACCUACCGCUUGCCUCGCACUUUCUGUGUUCAUAUUCUUGCUAGGCCGCAAAACUUAUAUCAGGAUUGAGCCUCAAGGAAGCGUCUACUCCAACAUGGCCAAAGUGAUUGUGGCAGCUCUUGGUAAGGGCCAUUUAGCCCAUGGAGACGAGAACAGGUUGCCCUUUUAUGAUCCUCCUCUCGAUGAGUCGGCACCACAGGUCAAGAAGCUUGCUCACACAGAUAGGUUUAGGUGUCUUGAUAGGGCUGCUAUGAUCGCUGAUCCUGAUGAGUUGAACGAUCAAGGAAUAGCCAAGAACCGUUGGAGACUAUGUAGCUUACAACAAGUGGAACUAUUAAAGUCUUUGGUGGCAAUUGCACCUGCAUGGGUAUCAGGAAUUAUCUGUUUCCUAGCAAUGGACCAACAAAGUGUAAAUGGGAUACUUCAGGUGUUUCAAAUGGACCAAUCCAUAGGACCUCAUUUUCAGAUCCCGCCAAGCUGGUUGGCCUUGUGGUCCAUGAUUGUUCUCUCGGCCUGGAUCCUCAUCUACGAGUUUGUGUUGCCGAGGGCUUCGCUCAGAUUCUCCGGUAAACAAUGCAAAAGGCUGACCAUAGAACAGAGAAUCAACAUAGGCAUUGUAAUGGCGAUUCUCUGCAUGAUAAUAGCUGGGGUUGUCGAGGGGAAGCGGCGAUCUUUGGCUUUGCAAAAUGGAUCUUUUGUCUCGACAAUAAGUGUUGGAUACCUCUUGCCACAAUUUGCCUUGUCGGGAUUGAUAGAAGCUUUCGCAGCUAUAGCAAUGAUGGAGUUGCUCACGUCCCAUGUGCCUGAGACUUUGAGGACUGUCGGCGGGGCGAUUUUCUUUCUCUCACUAUCGGUUGCAAGCUAUCUGACAUCUGCUUUUGUGAGUGCCAUCCGUGGCCUGACCGGAAUGAACGGGAAGACACCAUGGGUAGGCGGUCGAGACCUUAACGAGGGUAGGCUCGACUACUAUUACUAUGUCAUUGCCGGGCUAUGUGUUGUGAACUUGGCAUAUUUCAAUCUCUUUGCCAAGAAGUUUGUGGUUAGAGUUGGCGUUGGUGGCGAGGUCGUGUAGUUCGAGUGUCCUCAAAGCUUGUCUCUGUAAAUGUAGAAAUGAAGCCUGCCCUUGGCAGUGGUUCAGUUCUUUCCAUAUCUCCUACCAAAUGUUUUUUGCCUUCAUCCCCAGCUCGUGCCAAUUGGUCGAGCGUGCUUUCAUUCAUUAGCGUGCGUUCAUUCAUCUCCAAUACAUUUCACGUUCCUUUACCCCAACUCAUUCCCCUAGGUCGAGCUCUCAACGACUCGUCUCGCAUACCUUCUAUAUUUGAAAAAC